AUGUUUGGUAGGUUUUCUCCAUUUACGGGUCAUAAGAAGACUGAUACAAGCUUCCUUGAGGAUAUCAGAAGCAUAUCCGGGAGCAAGGAUGAACUACUAUCCAAUUUGAGACGAGUUGGUCUAUUUAACAGUGUAUCGAUGAGUGGAAACAGAAUUCACCUUGAUGAGAAGCCAAAUGAGUUCAAAUUGUCCUAUUCCUCUUCAGGAAAGAGGAGAGUUCUUCUUAAUGGACCAAACUUGUUUAGGUGCGGAGAAAGAGUAUUUAUUCAGGCUGAAAUAAGACAGAAGGAGUCAAAACAUGAGAGUAGAGACGUAUCGAGUUUGUGUCUGCUUGAAAAGAUGAAGUAUCUGGUAGAAUGUAUUCAAUCAAAGGUUGAUUUGAGUAGUUUGACUGCUGAAGUAUCAAGGCCCUUUACAGUUGGAGGAAGUCUUGGAUUCAUUAGGGGGAAUUUGAGUAGUAAAAGUGUCGAAUUAGGAGAAAGUAGAAUACGAGUGAGAAGUGUAGAAGGAGGAGUAGAAAGAGGAAUGGGAAGUUGGUUUGUUGGAUGCGAGUGGGUUAAUGACGUCAUGUACAAAUUGACACGAAUAAACAUGAAAAUAUGCGACUUCAACUUGAACACCAAAAUAGGACACAGUAGGGGCAAGAAGGAGAAAGAGGACGAUAUGUCCACUCUAAAUAGCAGUGAAAUAAGCAAAAGUAGCCUGAAGGAGACACUUAAGAAGGGAUACAGUGAAUUUGUAGCAGAAAUUAAGCAGAAAUAUUUGGGUGACUUCUACGUGAAUCUGGGGCUGAGUAGAAGAAUGAGACACCAAGUUGGAUGGCUCUUUGGUGAGACACAGCUUGAAAUGGGACGGAUACUUGGAAGGUGUUCAGUCUUAGAGAAGUAUUUUGUAAAUGUGCGAGGGUUUAAAAAGAAGGCGAUUGGGCCAGUUGACCAGAACAAGAAGUUGGGUGGAACGAGUUUCAUGAGUGCCCAGAGCAAUUUGGGUCUCUGCUACAAGAAUUUGAGUAUUUUUGGAUUCUACGACGUGGCUGUGAACACCAGAAAGGGAAUUCAACACAAUUUCAAGAUGCUUGAGAAUUCAGAAUCGAGUUGUGUAGGGAAAUCAGUUGGAAUUGGCCUACGAAUCAAAAAUGGAAUUUCAGUAACUUAUGCAAGGCCAUUGACGAAGAGUCUCGAAACAGAGAGAUUCCAGGUUGAAUUUGACAUGAAAUUUUAA